UGUUCCUUUUUCCAAAUCGGAAUAUUUUAUAAAAUAAAUAUUUCGUUAGAUAUGAGAUAGCUAACUGUGUUGGUGUAUCCACUUUAUAACAAUGAAGCUUGUUUAUAAAAAUAUUGAAAAAGAUGGAUGUGGCGCCAUCGCCUUGGUCCCCGAGGAGCCGGAGGACAUGUGGCACGCCUACAACCUCAUCGCGGAGGCCGACGUGGUCACGGCCUCCACGGUGCGCAAGGUGCAGACCGAGUCCUCCACCGGAUCUUCCACCAGCAGUCGCGUACGGACCACUCUCACUGUCAGGAUAGAGACCAUUGACUUUGACACGCAAGCAUGUGUGUUAAGGCUAAAAGGACGGAAUAUUGUCGAGAAUCAAUAUGUUAAGAUGGGAGCAUAUCACACAUUAGAUCUAGAACUGAACAGAAAGUUCACAUUACAAAAGACAUUAUGGGACUCUGUAGCAUUAGAGCGAGUGGAGCAAGCUUGUGACCCGGCAGCAAAUGCUGAUGUAGCAGCGGUGGUGAUGCAGGAGGGGCUGGCUCAUGUCUGCCUCAUCACUCCCUCCAUGACCCUGGUGCGGUCAAAGAUUGAUAUUACGAUACCAAGGAAGAGGAAAGGAUUUGUUCAGCAACAUGAAAAGGGCCUAACCAAGUUCUAUGAAGCAGUAAUGCAGGGCAUACUGCGGCAUGUGGACUUCAGUAUAGUGAAGUGUGUGAUCCUCGCGUCUCCGGGCUUCGUACGGGACCAGUUCUAUGACUACAUGAUGCAGCAAGCAAUCAAGACAGACAACAAACUGCUAAUUGACAAUAAAAGCAAGUUCCUCCUAGUCAAAGCUUCCUCUGGAUUUAAACAUUCAUUAAAAGAGGUGCUCCAAGAGCCGGCAGUGAUAGCGAAGAUCUCCGACACGAAGGCAGCGAGCGAAGUGAAGCUACUGGAGAGUUUCUACACGAUGCUGCAGCUGGAGCCGGCCAAGGCGUUCUACGGGAAGAGACAUGUGGAGCGAGCGUGCGAGGCGCAGGCCGUGGAGACGCUUAUGAUUAGUGAUAAGCUUUUCAGAUGUCAAGACGUGGCGCUGCGCAAGCAGUACGUGUCGCUGGUGGAUGCCGUGCGCGAGAAUGGGGGAGAUGUGCGGAUAUUCUCCAGCAUGCACGUGUCGGGGGAACAGUUGGACCAGCUAACCGGCAUCGCCGCUAUCCUGAGGUUCCCGAUGCCGGAGCUCGAGGACAGCGAUGAAGAGAACGACGACCAAUCAGACUCCGACUAGCCAUGGACUAGUCCAGCUACAGACAUGCUACAGAUGUACAUAGAUAGAGGGUGUAAAUGAAAUGCUCCCAUUAACCCGUAUGGUCUAUUGGUCACACUGAACCUCUUUCCAAUAGAGGUGUGUUUUGUGUGGGGAAAGAUGUUCGUUUUAUUUUUAUUCAGUUAAUUAUGUUGUUUAUUUGGGAGCAUCACUUUUACACUCUGUAUAUUGUUAUUUAAUUGUUAUGUAUAAUGUAAUGUACAAUAAAUGAAGCGCAAAUUGUUUUAUGAUUCAAUGGCUGUGCAUCAUCGAUCGCUAACUCUGUAAUUAUAAGUUGAAUUUUGUAGAUAAUUGUAAUAAUAAAAUAAGUUAAAAUUUA